AGGAGAGGAGGAUACUCGUGGCAGUGGAUGGCGUAUUCACUGCAGUGGGAGAUAACCUGACACAGAUACAUCAGGAAUGCUCAAAAUGCCAUCACCACAAACUUUUUUUAUCUCUCUGUUAUAACAAAUAGCUGUCCAACUUUGUUGUCCAAGGUAACAUGUGAGCAAGAGAGUCAAGCCAUGCAGCUGAAUGAGACUGGAGUUCAAACACUGGCUCCAGAGCCAUGUGAGCAGCAGAUACUACUGGAGGACAACACUGGAAACCGUAGCAGCGGUUCCACCAGCAACCUGUCGCUGCACUGCUGGCUGCAGCUCCUCACCAAGGAAUCUAUCAUGGAUUUUCCAGGAGACAACGCCAGUUUAGUGGUGCGUGUGAUGAUAGCGUGUGUCUACUCCAUAGUCUGUGCGCUCGGGCUGGUAGGAAACUCACUGGCUCUGUAUCUGCUGCACUCACGUUACAGGCAGAAGCAAUCAUCCAUCAACUGCUUUGUGAUGGGACUGGCUAUCACAGACCUCCAGUUUGUUCUGACUUUACCUUUCUGGGCGGUGGACACAGCCCUGGACUUCCGAUGGCCGUUUGGCCGUGUGAUGUGCAAAAUCAUCAGCUCUGUCACCGCCAUGAACAUGUAUGCCAGCGUAUACUUCCUCACCGCUAUGAGCGUGGCACGUUAUUACUCUAUCUGCUCCGCGCUGAAGAUGCACAGCCGACGGGCGGCAGCCACUAGAGCCAAGUGGACCAGCCUGGGCAUAUGGGCUGUCUCUCUGCUGGCCACUCUGCCUCAUGCCAUCUACUCUACCAGCGUCCAGGUGUCAGAUGAGGAGCUGUGCCUGGUGCGCUUCCCGGACUCAGGCAACUGGGAUCCACAGUUUCUUUUGGGACUCUACCAGCUGCAAAAGGUCCUGCUGGGUUUCCUUAUUCCUCUGAUCAUAAUUACUGUCUGCUACCUGCUGCUAGUCCGCCUAAUCCUCAGCCGACGAAUCACAGGAGCAGGGGGCCCAGAGGUUGAGCUGGGCCGGCAAAAGCGUCGCUCCAAAGUGACCAAAUCCAUUGUCAUCGUGGUUCUGUCUUUCUUUCUGUGCUGGCUUCCCAAUCAGGCCCUGACACUGUGGGGAGUACUAAUAAAGUUUGACCUUGUUCCCUUCAGCAAGGCCUUCUACAAUGCGCAGGCUUACUUUCCCCUGACUGUGUGUUUGGCACACACCAACAGCUGCCUCAACCCCGUGCUCUACUGCUUGAUUCGCCAAGAGUUUCGGGCAGGGCUCAAGGAACUUCUCCUUAACGCCACGCCAUCCUUCAGUAGCCUGACUCAUCUGCUGCAUCGCAGGGCCAAAGUGGCUGAGGCACCGCCUGCUCUGGUGCUGGUCCAGAUGGAUGUCUGAUGUGGAUGACUAAGGCUCACUGUGGCAGAGGAUCUGAAGGAGUGAAUGACUAACUCACAAAGUAAAAAGUGAAAAUUGCCUAUCAAUCUGGAGUUAUCUCAACCCUGUCACCAUAUCCCUUUGGUUUUUGAAAACAACAUAAUCAUAACGGACUACCCGGUGGGAUGUGCCCCACUUUCACUGCGUGCUCCAGUAUUCACCCGGCAAAUCUUUUUUUGACUUGUUAUACACUGACUCUCUUGCGCGGCACAGUAUCUGUCUUUCUCUUUCUCUCUCUCUCUCUCUGCCUCCGACAGGCAAUCCGUGUGCUGCUCUCUGGUAAUGUGUCUGUAUAGAUGUCAAUCAUAAAUGAGAUUUAAAUAGUUGCAGCGCUCAGAUACUCUGAAAUUAGCUCAACCCCGAAUGACAUUUGCCACGGCAUCGGCAUCAAGAGUGGGAUCAACCGUUCUUUACGCUCACAGUGAAUGAGAACUUCACUGAUCAAACACUCAGACUGUGAAUUGACAAGGGAUUUACUCGGAGAAAACAAAAGGAAUCAUGACCAAGAUGUUAAUAUGAUUAUAAUUAAUAGAAUAUGAAUAAUGAGCGGGUUCCCCGUGCUGUGUUUAUAUUUGUUCUAUGGUGCAAUGGUGUACAUUGCACCAUACAGUAAAAGCAGAUUGGGAAUGAAACCUAACCAAAUUAUUUAAAAAGUAGGCUCAUAUUGAAUAGUAGUAUUUACUAUGUCUAAAAGACAAUAAAAGAGCCAAGUCAUUGAAAAGCUUAACAGUAUGUAUUUGUUAAAAAUGGAGAAAAUGGCAAGGUCAAACACUAUACAACAUGUGUGCAAUUUAUUCAGGAGCAAAAAAUAGCACAAUAGUUACUUGCUGCAUUGUCUUGUGGAAAAGGUUCCUACUUGAACUUGUGAAAAAAUAAAAGGCAAAGAAAUCGAUACAAGCUACAAGCACUUAAAUCAAUUUCCUGUUGACAGCAUGACAUAAUAUGUCAAAGGGUUCAGUAGAAGGAGUGUAUAGUUAGUGAGAUGAAUCUGGAGGAGUCCUGAGGAUCAGUUCAGGUGAUUCAGAUGAGAUUCAUACCCCUGUGCAAUGACUUUUACGCUGCUCGCAUGUGAGCUGAGCUCAUAUACUACAUUGCAUACGCACAUAUACAAUGGAAAAAUGUAUGCUCACUAUUUCCUACACUCACACAUGCAAAAUAUAUCUGGGUGCAGUUGUAUCAUAGCAGUAGAUAUGUCAGAUUAAACAACAUAAUGAAUAAUUUAGAAUUUACAUUACAAAUGCAGAUUUGUAUAUAUUUGCAGCAUAUUCAAACCAGGCCAUUUAUACAAAUUAAAGCAUUUCACCAUGGACAGUUCACGGAUGUCAACACCAGCCUUUUCUUCUCUGUGAAAUUACACAGUUACAUUUGUUGAAGGAGCCCGUAACCGAGUAAAGCUGAUGUGAUAAUGUGAUCUUCUGUGAAUGUGAUGUGUCUCUGUAUUCUGUCACGACUGUCACCAUAAUCAUGAUAUUUUACAGAAGAAAUGUGUUCAUUUGAUGUUUCAAUGGAAUGUUUCAAAUAAGUAACGAUUAAAUUAAAAGCCCUCGGCUUGAACUGCUUGGAAUAAUUUGGCAAGUUAGAAUUCAGAGCAUAUACAUGGGGAGAAGAAUGAAAAAAAAAUGUUGUAAAACAACCCUACAGUGAUAGACAGAGACUCACUCCUCUGUUCUUUUAUUAAUGAGAUUUCAUUUUCUCAUUCUGUGUUUGCACAGCACCUCUUCACUCACUAACAACAUCAGCACUGUACCGCACAAACUAACCUAUGAACUAAGGUGCUGAGAAAAGUGCUGUUAACAAUAUGUUUUCUUAAUCAUCUCUGAGAAUUCAUUAAUUAAUGGAGUGAAAAUAUAACAAAAACAUAAUUAUUUAAAAAAACAUUAUGGGGUGAUAUUUAUUUGGUCCAAAAAAAUGCCCCAGGGCCCCAGAGUCAUUGUUUGUGAAUUGAUUUGUUGUCAUUUAAUAAAUUGUACAUUUGUGUCAGAAUAUGCCCCAACUAAAUAAAGUAUGAAAUGACAAGAA